GCAGCGCCCUUCAGUGAGCCCCUAGCCGAACAGCGGCCGCAAAAAUGGACGGAUACAGCAGCCACAAUUUGGAUAACCUAUUCAAGCGCAGUUGCACGUCAUCGUCACAAAAACCGCUAAAGAAGGAGACGACAAAGCAAUAUCAGCGUGUAGUUUAUCCGCACGUUUAACGUUAAUUCAUCCUCGGCUUUCCUUCUGAUGAACGUGAACGUCGUCCUCAUAUAAAAACAAAACGUGUUUUGUAGGCACGUUGACAGCUGUCUGUCUGUUUUUGCCUCCGUUUGUUCACCACAACAAAGUUGACAACGAUUCUCCCAUUUCACAAACCCUAGCGCCUUUUGUCACUAAGUAUUAGAUCAUUUUAUAGCCUCCAUUUUGAUCUUUGUGUAUGAUUUAUAGAUUGAUUCAUCGAUCGACCUAAAUUCGGGAGCUAACCAGUCGGUCACUCGAUCACUUGCGAUAUCACUUCGUUGUCCUUUUUCGGGAUUUACCCUUUGUUUGGGCUAGGUGCUUUUGAAGCGUGUCUAGAUUUUGUCGAUCCGGCGUUGGGCAACAAAGGAGAUAAGAAUCAAGGACGCACCGUCGGGUGGUCGUUCUUUCAGUGUCAGCAAUGAACAGUAACCUGGUCUCUCUAGAAUAGUGUAGCCAAGCUGUGCCUAGCAUCAUCUAGUGACUGGUAGAUCGCCAUCGCGUUUCGACCACAUCGCAGGCAAACUUCAGAUUGCAUCGGUGCGUGCUGGACCGUGAAGUGGGCCACCAGGCAGGCAGGCCUACAUUUGCUAUUCGUCUGUCCACUCGAGAGGAAAACGUAGGCAAGGCAGCUCACACUAGCUGGCAUCGAAGUUCUCAGUUUCUGAAGUAAAAUAUCAAUAUUUCAGUACUGCUACUGAAGUCGUUGUUGUUUGACGUCGAGAUCUUUGAUAGUGUUUAGUUUUUGUUCAGGGUGGCAACUUUGUCAGUGGUGCCAAUAAGGCCCUAGACGCUGUAAACAUAAGUACAAGAAGUGAAAGUUUCAGUGUAGUCAAUGCAAUUUGUCACCUUUAAAUCACCGAAGAAGUGCAAUCUGCUGUCGAAUAUAUGCGUAAGUCAGCAGAAGUCGGCUGGUCAUAACGGAAGUUCACUUAAAUAGACGCGGCGGAUGCACUGUGCUAAUAGGAAUCAUAGCGAGCUAAAUCCAAAUCGUGUUAGAGGGAUCGUUUGCCCUUACUAUAUUUCUAUGAAUUUGUGAAUCCGUGCUACGAGAAAGAUAUAAGGCGGUGACCAGUGGGAAGGGUACGGUGUCGUAAAAGUACCUACGAGUGUAGUAAAGUGUAACGUCAACGGGGGAAGAGUAUUGCUGAAUGUGUCGACGAGUGUUUAGCUUACUACUGUAUAGUUUCAGUGCUUCGCCUAUUUUUCAUAUUCUAAAAACGACAUACGCAACUAUAAGGAUUACGGUGUUUUGCGGGUCUACUGGCACAACCGACAAGUAUUGCUGCUCCUAGCUUCGAAAAUUGUUUGAGGAAAACGCUUUAUUGACGUGAACCGCUAAACCGGUGCUAGCGAAAUUUUUCGCUAGUCUUUUCUUUCCUCUCGUGGUUGAAAACUUCUGGAGCCGCCCGUCGAGCCUUGAAAACUUCCCUGACCGCUUGCAGUGUUGCUCACUCUCGUUCGUGGGUUGCCUUCUUUCGUAAAAGCCCUCUACUUAAGUUAAUCACGAGCCAGCCUAACUGUAAUACAGCACCAACAACAGUAACUACCCAAAACUUUAAUAGGAACAUCACAGAUACUACAAGGAACUACAAGCGCCGCCCAAACUAACGAAGCAAGCCUAAGGAAAUUGAUAACCGAUUCUACGAUACAGGAUCAUAUAUCGUCGACGCGAAUAACCUCCACCCGGCGGCGUCCAACAAGACGACGAAGCCCCCGUUUGAAGAAAACCAAAAAGCAUCCAAGACUCAAGCCAUUAAAGGGAUCCCGGCUAAUCGAUAGUUAAGUGACAACGACACAGUUCGAGAUAAUUUGUCGAAGUUUGCCGAGUAACUCCAAUUCCUACCGAAUUCAGGUGUCGAAAGCGGAAGAUAGAAGCAAAAGUAGGCGCCAUACAGAACACGUUCUGUGUGAAAGCCGGUCUAUGAAAAGCGAACUUAUAUACACAACUACAUACAGAUAUUUCUAUAUCGACAUAUACUCCUAUAACAAUUAAAUACUAUUCGCUCGUCUCAUGACGGGCAUCUGCUAUUACUCGUGCAGCGUGGAAUAAUUAUAUACCCGCAUAUGUAUGUGGCUAGAUGGGAAAGCGAAGAAGUAACAGCCCGCUAGCUUCAACAUAAGAAGCAACUCUCCCAGCCUGCAUUACCGAGAUAAACCACAGGAUAGUGAAGUUUUAAAAGUAUUGCUAGUAAUCUAAAACUAAAAAACCUAGUUGUCAUAAAAAUAUAGGCGUGAAAACAGAUAAUGCACGCGCUCAUGCGUGCAAUCAUACCGAACGUGUAACGUUAAACAAUAUUGUUAAAUAAGAAGCCAAACAGAAAGAGUCACUCUAACAGGAGGGAAGCCCUUUCGAAGCUGAUCUACUACUGGAUACACCGAAUGCGGGGUACGGAUACUAACUAGUAAUUGAAAAACCUCAACGGUCAACAUCGACCGGGCUACACGUUGUCAAGAGGCUAUCGUCGAUAUUAGAACUAGAAACGAGUUAUUCUAUAACUAUAUAGCCCCAUAUAUUAAACACACAGAUGCAUACAGGCACGUACACAUAAGUAAGCCAGCGAGUGGAGAAACAGUGAAAACAGCAAGUCAACAAGUGUUUAUCCAGGAAAGGUGCGGGACAUGUUCUAAUCGGGACAUAACAGUAGCACAGGCAUUUGUUCAACUAACGAUCGUAAAUAGCCUAAAGCAUCGAGGAACAUCCAGAGGUUACAGUAAAACACGCGAAGUUUAGCAAGCCUAGAUCAGCUGAACAAAACAACAGGAACAAUGGCCGUAGUUAACGACUGCAAUAAAUAAGCAACCUUUGCUACGAGAUUAUUUCAAGAUUUCCAAGAUCUUGACUCUCUAUCGCUGUUAACGCAUUCAAAUACGGAGGCGGAGUGGGGAAGCGUACAUCGAACGAGCGGGAAGCUGUGACUCAUCUUUUAAUAAAAGCUGUUGUUCUUCUUUAAGUAGCACUACAGUAGCAGCAGGAGCAGCUGUGAUACCGUUCAGAGAUAGCUCCCACUCUACGAUAGAACACGCUUGAAAUAUUUUGCCACGUCCUCCUCCAUCACAGCACCGGCAAAGGCGCUGUGGUAUAUUCUAUAUAAUUUAUUGCAAUUACUCGCCCAUUAGUCUACAAUUAAAAGAAACACUUCUAAAGUGCAGUCACCUUACACACCGUUCAUACGAAACAACGUCAUCAAUAUUCAUAACACUGUUGAGUACCUUUUUCCGUACCAACGGUGGGGCAAGUUACCAGAGAGGUCUGUCCAGUGUACGCCGGAAAAGCAAGCUCAAGCCUACGAAGAAAACAGCUGAAACAGAAGCAGACCGCACUAGCGGGCUGUAAUAACCGGAAAAUAAGGUUGCGGUGGAACAAAAGUUCUUACAUGUUUUCAUGCACAUCGAUAUUGUUACCUCGUGUUGCGCAUCGGCCGGAUACUCUGUCCAGAAAACUUGCCAGCAAGCAAUUAGGCGAAGAGCGAGACCUGAGUGAAGCUAUAAACUGAGAACAAAAACAUCAACAACAAAAAGCCUUUGCUCAGUACUUUACUUAUUCAUUACACAGAGAAACCGAAUAUAAAGCAAGUUUGAAAAGAGCAGCAUCAUUAUCGUUAUCGAUACUGUAGUCGCAAAAAGCGCUGCCAAGGAAGGGGGCAAAAACCGUGACUCUGUCCUACAGAAAAACUGAUCGAAGCAACAACAGCGACAGACAACAGUCGAGAAGAUGUUUGGUGGAAUAGGGAAGAAGGAGCCGGAACCGGAGCCCGAGGAUGAGGCUACUCAGCUUCGAAACAUGAACCCCGAUGAAAUGACGGGGGAGCAACUUCAACAGCGAAUCGCUAAUGGGGCACAAGAUUCGCUCGAGUCAACCCGGCGUAUGCUAGCACUUUGCGAUGAGAGCAAAGAAGCCGGUAUCAGAACUUUGGUCGCUCUCGACGAACAGGGAGAACAACUCGACCGGAUCGAGGAGGAUAUGGACAAGAUCAACGCCGACAUGAAGGAAGCCGAGAAGAACUUGACUGGAAUGGAAAAAUGCUGCGGUAUCUGUGUCUGUCCUUGUCAAAAGGGCAAAGAGUUCAAGGAGGAUGCCAGCACGUGGAACAAAAACGAGGACGGCAAGGUGGUGAACGGCCAGCCAGCCCGCGUCAUGGACGACCGCAAUGGAACUGGGCCCACCUCAGGAUACAUCGCCAAGAUCACAAACGACGAUAGAGAGAAGGAGAUGGAGGAAAAUAUGGGUCAGGUGUCGACUAUGAUCGGCAAUCUGCGUAACAUGGCCAUCGACAUGGGAAGCGAGAUUGAGUCGCAGAACCGACAGAUCGACAGAAUAAACCAGAAGGCGACUUCGAACGAGUCGAGAAUCAGCGCAGCUAACCAACGUGCCCAGAAACUGCUCAAGGACUAAAUACCCGGGGGCGUUGAUACCUUCUGACGAUUCACAGCAACAACAAGAUGCGCCGGAUCACGUCAUCUGUACGCCAUCCACCAUGUCAUCAUCUCGUAUACGACUCAACAGGGAAACAGCGGUUCGAGCAAGCGCCCCAGACCUUAGUUAUCGUGAGCAAAUAAAAGGAAUACGCAAUAUUACCGAAGGAAACGAAAUAAUAGAAAGCAUCAAAAAUUAUUACGGCAUCAGAAAAUAAUCGAUACAACGUUUGCAGAUCAAAUGCGGCUUGAGCAUUCGAAUUCAAGUAUACGCACCACUUCCGGAUAGUCAAAAUAACGAUGGCGAACGACAUGUACAUGGCGUCAUGUAAACGUCGACGCGAAUGCUAAUUAUCUAUCCCCAUUGGCUUUGAUAAAAAUACGCCGAUAAACAAUUUUACAACCUGACUUCGAGGCCACUGGUCUUUAACCUUGUCAAACAUUAACCGUCGUUACGACUGUUCAGGAGAGCAUAAAACUCUGUUAAGUUUUAAUACUUGUGAACAGAACAGCAAUUAAAGAAGGACUUUUCGAGACGGAAUAUGGAACCACUUUCUCCUAACAAUACUAUAAAAUCCUGUUAGCCAAUUCAUAACAGAUGAGCCUUCAAAUAAAAAAUAGCAAACAUGUCAGAAGGGGCGCUUUCGACUAGCAGAUAUAACGAACGUAUACAGUGGUCAGAGACACACAAAAGCGCCUUUCAAAUUAAACUUGGAAAGCGCCACUAAUUACAUUAAGAACUUCAACUUCACCGACUACUCAUUGCUGUUUAUUGUAGUUGGAUAAAAAUUGCUAUGUAGACACAGUUACACACGUGUUCACGCAUAAACAUACUUACACAUACAUUUGAACACAGGCGAAAUGACCUCAGAUCCCUCGGGAUAGGAAGUUGUUCUUGAAAUUUUUGAACACAACUCUCCAUAUGUGGACAACUUCAUUUUGGUUCAUAUACAGGUCAAGUGAAAUUAGAGUAAUCUAUAGAAAAAGUCAUCUCGAUACACUUUUAAUCAGCUUCGUCUGUCUUUGCCGAUCGCGAAAUCAGCACACGCUGAUACAUUACGAUCACUCAAGUUAUCGAGACAAAAAGACAUGCGAUUUAAUGUACAACACCUUAUUUGUGUAAAUGACCCCCGACCUACUAAAAUAAGUGUGUCUAUCUCUCUCGUCGUAUAUGACAACCAUGAAUAUAUAAAAAAAAAGUGAUAUAUAUUUAAAAAAAAAGCUCAAUUAUGUUAAUGACUAGUUCGAUGUCGACAUCAAUAGUGUUUAAAGAGAGACAUACAUUCAAAGCAAUUGGUUACUACGUGAACGCACUGAUGUUAGUCUACGCAUUCAGUGAAAAUACAGAUUCAAUAAUAAUCGUGAUAAUAGUAGUAAUGAUGAUCAUAAACAGAAGAUAAACAAACAUACGAUAUGCAUAAAUAUAUUGAUGUACAAGAGCGUAUUAAAAGGCUGUAGGUGUUAGUUGAUCGUUUACGUGAGGGAACGUACCCACUUCCACUCUACGAUUGAUUCUUUAACUAACAUGAACCACACACCUAGCAUCAAUCACUCUGUUUUCGCUUAUUCUUCCUUUCAUAGGAAAACAUUUCACACAAAGCCAGACAAAUACAUUACGGGAAUGCAUUACGAACCUAAUAGUUAAUGCAAAAGCCUACAUCUAUUGGUGUGGUAGUGGCACCUUUUCGUCGGCUAUGGCUUCCAUUAUUUCCUACGAUUAUGACAGAGGUCAGAUGGACAUACGAACUUUUCGUAGGACGGGAUAGUCUUCUACCGACGGAUCGGGAGAAGGUGACUUGCGCAAACGCGUUUUGCGCGAUUCUCCCGAUUUUCAUUUUUACGGAUCAAUUUUUCGUCAGCAGCCGCAAUUCAUAUAUACAAGCAGCCAGCCACCGGCUUAGCUUACCAGCCUAAAAGCCACUUAGCUCUCCGUCAAACAAAAAAGAAUAACGCAGAAGAGUCUUCCAGCAGCAGAUGCAGGACAUUCAACUCCAAUCCAAUUUUUUGGGGAGGAAAGCAGCUCAUUCUUUUGGUGCUGCGCCUACUAACUUAAGUGCUACUUCCACUACUGCUAUCUAACCAACUAAGGAACUAUAUAUCUACAAGAAACUACUACAAAUCACCACGCGUCGCUUACGCCAAACUUAGGCCAAGGCAAGGUUUAGACAAAAGAACCUACGACUGAUCGUCUUCAGUUGUGUCGAAUGGUAGGCUACCGGCACAGGCAACGACCCAGAGGAACCAGUGCGGACGUAUAGUUGGUUGUAUGAACGGAGGGAAAAAUAUUGUUACCAUAGGAUACGGGCGGCAUUGCCGGAGGACCUACCGCUAGCAGGCUCAUUGAAUGAAGACAUCGUCAUAAUAAUGAUAAUAACGUUAUAACUAAUAGUAAUAACUGUACUGAAAUUAAUAGUAUUAAGUUAUUAUUAUUUGUCAUUUUGGCUAUGUGGUUGUUACUAUCCUAGUCACUUUUUUCGGGGCAAGAGAGUAAUAGAUUUUUGUUACUGAGCGGGUAUUAUCCACUUUAUUAGUCAUAUCUUUUCUCCGCGUUCUUUAAUUCUGGCGCCUUCCUUUAUCUAGGCUAUCGAACAAACUCGCAGCAGCUGUGACAUGACAACCAUCGUUUGCCAGCUAAUAAAGGUUACCAGUUAUCAUAUAAUAGCAAUAAUGAUAAAAACAAUAUAUCAAUAAACUAGCAGCCGAAGCGCACGACUAGUCAAGCCGACUGACAGCAGUAGCAAUAAGCAAAUACGCUACUGAAUGGACUGGCCGUGGAGAGGGAUCAAAGUCGACCAUCCGUUAAUUCGAUGUGGGCAUGCAACAUACUCAUCAAUUUUCGAUUGAUGGCCAUUCUGAACGCACAUCAUACAGCCAGAAAAUCAGUCGACCAACGCUUUUUUAAAUAACAUCUUCGGAUCAAAUCAAUCAAUCAAGCUCUUGUACUAAUAAACUAUCUUCUAUGUCAUCGCCGUUUUUGUCAGUAGAGUCGCUCCAGAAGGUUCGCUCACGAGUUCUUCCACAGCUAUCGUCGCCAGAAGGUAGAAUAGAAAGUACUUCGAUAGCCUCGGCGAAUAACAAUAAGUGAGAUGUUCUCGUUGUGGGAACCACGUCCUAGAUCCAUGCAGCCUUCAUCUGCUUGAAGCGUAGAACUAAAAAUGCCACAGAGCAAUAAUAAUAAUAAUACUGUACUAUUUAUACACAGCUAAGUCAACUCGACGACUAGUCUAUACCUUCACAACAGGACUUAACAGGACACUUUAGAUACAGAAUUCAAUUGAACUUACACAACAAGCAAGCAAGCCAA